AUGUAUUCUGAAGCCCAUAGGUUAUUACUCACUUACAUAAGAUCAGUCAGAUACGUUGAAGCUGGGGUUUUACUUGAGGCAUUUAAAUUUAUGAUUGAAAAAUUGCAAUUGGAAAUUCAAGCUCUGAAGAAUAUACUAGAUCAAUACAUUGCUGAGAUUAAUUCUAAAAUAUCAGGACAAAAUUUUAAAAUUGAAAGGAAAACUCAUGAAAUAACGGGUGAUUUAUAUUAUAUAUUCAUUAAUACGUUAUCUGAUGAAAUCGUACAAGAAAGUUCCGUGUAUACAACUGCUGAAUUAACAGUGAUAAAAUAUCUUAUUAGAAAUAUAAUUGAAGCCAGUGACUAUCGUUGUUCAUUGGCCAGGGUUAACGCUAAUCAAACUAUUUCAACUAAUACAAAUAAGAAUUUGAUGGAGGCAGAUUCAAUGGUAGACAGAUUGAUAGAUGAUGGUUGGUUUAUAAGCACCAUUGAUGACAGAUUGAUGUUGUCUAUAAAGACACUUUGUGAAUUGAAAGAAUAUUUAAUUGAGACAUAUGGCGUCAAUGAUGAUACUGAUGCAGACGGUAAGGUCUUGUUGUGUACCCAAUGUAAAGAAAUUGUCACUUUAGGUUGGAUCAUACCUUCAGGUAAACCAUUUCAUAAAAAGUGUUACGAUGUAUAUUGCAGAACAAAUCAAAUAUACCCCGAAGAUGAAUCUGAUUUAUUACGUGUUGGUCCAGAUCCUUCUACAUUAUAA